GUGUAACGACAAGAUGGCAAUCAAAAAUGUUGCCCUUCUGGGUGCUGACGGCAAGCUGGGACCUUCAGUCCUCAAGGAACUCUUCUCCAACGGCUUUUCAGUCACCAUUCUCAAGCGUCAAUCCUCUAAGUCCCCGUCAAAUUAUCCUUCAUCUGUCAAAGAAGUGAAAGUUCCCGACGAAUUUACCGUUGACAGUCUUGUACCAAUUCUGGAGGGUCAAGAUGCUGUAGUCAUUACUACGUCUGGUUCCCUCGUCGAUCUGCAAAAGCGAGUGGCACUUGCAUCCGCGAAAGCGGGAGUCCAGCGGUUGAUUCCAGCCGACUUUGGCUCUGUGGACAGCGAAAGUUUGCUUGCCAGGGAGCUUGUUCCACUGUAUGUUCACAAGCGUAAUCUACGCUUGUACUUGGACGAACUCACCAAGCUUUACCCCAAAUUUUCAUGGACAGCUUUGGUAUGUGGGCACUUUUUUGACUGGAGUCUUGAAUUCAUGCAUAUUUGGAAAAAAGAACGUGUGAUAGAUAUCCUAGAUGAUGGAAACGUUAAAGCUUCAGCUUCAAGCCUUGCUCAAGUUGCCCGAGCUACAGCUCGAAUCCUCCAAAAUAUCGACCUGAAUGAUACGGCAAACAGGAUCCUUUACGUUCAGAGUUUUUGCAAGACUCAGAUCGAAGUCAAAGAGGCACUAGAGAGGGUUACUGGAGAAUCCUGGAGCGUGCGCAGUUUCAAUCGCGACGAGUUCCUUAAAGACAAGAUGUCGGCGAUGAAGAGUGGUGAAAACGCGAUUGAAGAUGUGGUGUGGUGGCUUGGCGUGAUCGAAGCGAACUGGGAGAACAGGAAUGGCUUUGCGAUGGAUCUACUCGGUUUGGAGGAGGAAGAUCUCGAUUCUGUGAUUAGGAUUGCGGUAGCAACGUGAAAUUUUCAUCUGUACAUUUUCCAAUUACAUUUGCUCACAUCGACAGCCUAAAAGUCGGUAUACGUUGGAAGUUCGGUGCACAGAGCGAGACGGAAAGUGAAUCAAUGUCGGUGUAUUGCUUUGGCUUAUGUGUUGGUGCCUUUUAAUCAACUUGCACUAAUGAUAUAUUACAUCAUAAUCUAACAUGAGCGCCAAUGCCUU